GUUGGAAACAUUUGGGAUAAUCAGCAGCAGCUCGUGCUCAAUCACAGACCGCGAGCGGACUCACUGAACGGUCUGCACGAGAGUCUUCCUCACCACCGACUGACCGACCGACCGACCGACAGCAUCAGCAUCAGCAACAUCAGCAUCCUCCUCCUCCUCCUCUUCUUCCUCCUCUUCCUCGGUGGAUGGAGGGAUGCGAGCAGGACAGCAUCAUCAUCUUCAUUGCCGCGCUUCAUCGUCAUCAUCAUCAUCAUCACCGGGAGCGGGGAGAGAGGGAGAGAGAGAGAGAGAGAGAGAGAGAGAGAGAGAGGAGCAGCUCUCCGUGGGCUAAAAAGUUAAGGAGGAUCCGGGUUUAAUAACGGAGCACCGGAGGGGCUCGUUCCCGCCGUUAACCCGGGAUAAUCCGCCUGACAUGGUUGUUUUCCACUUUGGACUCCAUGGAAACGGAUCCAGUGGUUUUUGAGGGAUUUAUUGUGUUUAACGGAUCACUGGCGCCGCUUUCAAGGAUCGUUUUUAUCAAACGGUCCCCGGUAGGUACUGAAACUGAUCUCCGGUGUGUUUUAACGAAUCUCUGACGUUUCACAGGAAGCCCCGGUUUGUUCUCUAUUAACGGAUCCCCGGUGUUUUAAAUUGAGCACUUUGUGUUUGAAUCAAGUCUGAAAUGAUGCCUAGAUGUUUUUUGCUUCUCUUUUUUUAACGGAUUCCCGGUCUUUAAACGGAUCAAUGACGGAUCUCUUUUCCGUUAACUCCGGUGAUUUCUCUUGAAGGAUUUUUCUCUGUUUAAACUGACAUCCGAGGUGUUUUAACGGAUCUCUAACGUUAGUGUAACGGAUCCCCGGACGGUCCCGGGUGGACUCAACGGUGUACUGACCGACGGUAACCUCACCCCCUCCCCCGGUUUCUGAAGAAAAGAAAUUAAAAAUAACCUCCGCAGGUUCACCGUCAAGUUCACCGAUUAUUGGAGGGAAAAUAACGGGAGGAAAAGCGAAAAGAAAGUCUCUUCAAUAACGAAUCACCACCACCGGGGGGAGGUUUCCUGGAUUCCCGGGCCCGGGGCUCACCGCUACCCUAACGGGGACGAGAGAGGAGAAGUUACCGGAGGGACCGAGGGAGUUGAUCUGGAUCUUUACCGGGUUAUUCAGACAUUCUCACGCACCGUUAAUGAUCGGUUAACCAUCAUCAUUAAUAGCAGACUGAUCUCAUUAACGGAAAGGGUUGAUUGAUGGAUUUUAAACGGCUGAAAAAAAAAAAACCCGGGAUUUUUUCGCCCCUCUCUCUUGGUUUGAGAUGGAAUCCAUUGAAUCAAUAAAUUCCGGGUCAUCAAUCAUUUUUUAAAUCAAUUUUCAUCUAUCAGGCUCAUAAGCUGUAAAGCAGGGAUUGCUUAGACCCAGCGGAGUAGGCCUAUUCCAGUGAAUUAUCUCCUCCACGGUGAAAUAAACCCACAUGCUGGCUGUAAAUUAUCCACUUAACCCCCUCAAGAGAGAAAGAGAGAGAGAGACAUAGACAGAGGCUGUAGAGAGAGAGAGAGAGGGAGAGUUAUAACCUUUAAACAUCACCUUUUUUGGAGAUAUGUCAACUGAAAGCAUCUAAAAAAAAAAACACAGUAAAUGCUCAUUUUGACGAAGAGAGACACAGAGAUGCUUCCUCCCUUUCAGCAAGUUUAAACUUCAUCUGGUCCGUCUUGACCCCCCCUCCCAAAAAAACACACAUUGAACCCCCUUGAAACAUUUUUACAGGGACAUUUGAGGAAUUCUUUAUCCUGUUAGAAUAAAAGUCUUAACAAAAGAAGAAUUUUUAACUAAAAUUGUAACAAAAACCCAACAAACUGAGGCAAAACUUGAAUAGUUGUCACAACUUUUGCAAAUUUCUCGACAAAAAUACAAAUUUGAAUCUUUAUUGCGAUGAAAAUAUGAUAAAAACAUAUCAUCUGUUAAUUUGUUGACCUGGUUUUAAUGUUAAAAUAAAAAAAAAAAAAAGCCCUGAGUCUUCACUUGACUCAAAAACUGAAAAGUAAUCAUAACAGAGACUUGAAGUGCAUCGCUGGGUUCUGUUAAGUAUUUUCAUCUCCCACUGUAUGCUGAUAAUAACCCCCUAAUAGUCCGAUAGGGGUUUAUUUAUGCUUUAUUGCAGGUCUGGAAGAGCUUUAACUCAGAAGAAAUUAACUUUAUAUCUACCUGGGGCCACUUUAAAUCUCCUGUGUUCAUUUAAGCUUUAGUUUAAGAUGCAACUGUUUCUGAACAUUCGAAAAGUGAUUUUUAAGACAUAAUCUGAGAUAUCUGCUUGUUUCCCAGCACACAGGUUCUUAACAAGGCUUUAUUCCCAGUCUAACACCUCUAUCUGUGGAGGUUUACAGUUUAGCUUACCCAGCUGAUUUCCAGCUGAAGUCUAUGGAUGGUACGCUCAUUGUAUAGCCACAUCCUCAACAGCAUACCUCCUCCUCCUCCUCAGUCUCCUCUACACUUGAAAUUGAGCCAUGCAGCAUUGAUUUUUUUCUCCCUCUCACCGCAAAACCAAAAAGCACACGACCAUCUCAUCCUUUCUGGUUUGUCAGUUUUGUUGCUUGAAAUGUAAGACGUGCCGCGGUGUUGAUUUUCCAGCUCGAGUCAGAGCUGAAGGACGCUCGACGAAGGUCCAGCGGCGGCGAGGUCACAGUUCAGGUUUUUUUUUCAGAAAUAUAACUGCUGGAGUUUCAGCAGCACAGACGGGAGGUUUGACAGACUGAGAACUUGAAUCUUUGGGACAAUCAAAACACACAAAACCAAAUCUGUUUCCCAGGAAAUCAUCUGUAAAGGAGCGGGAAGCAUAAAUGAAUGUUUCUCUGAAUCAGAACCUGUUUCUGAAUCUGAACUUUGAGGACAUUUCUUCACCUUCAGAGUGACAUUUUUAGCAAAAUGGGACUAAACGACAGCAGCCCGGGGACCAUGAGGAACGGCCGCGGCCUCUCGGACCAGUGGGCCGAGUCCGUGGUGGUCCGACCUCGAACCACCGAGCGCCACAUCACGGUGCACAAACGACUGGUGCUGGGCUUCGCCCUGUCCAUCCUCACCCUCAUCAUCGUCACGGCCGUGGCCGUGGUGCUCAGCGUUCGCUUCGAGGAGUGCGGAGGGCGAGACCGCGACGGGGCGAUGAGGGAGUCGGGCUCGAGGGGCGCCGGAGGGUCGGCGAAACUGAACGGGAGCAGAGGGGAGAGGACGGGGGAGAGGGGGGACGAGGAGGCGGUUCAGCCGUGGAGGAACUCGCGGCUGCCGGGCUCGUUGAGGCCGCGGCACUACGACCUGCGGCUCGCCGUCUACAUGGACAACUUCACCUUCUCCGGAGAGGUCAGCAUCGAGCUGGAGUGCAUCAACGCCACCAGAUUCAUCGUGCUGCAUGCUGACCGCCUUGAGGUGGACCAGGUGUCCGUCACAGCAGAAGGUGGCUCUGGCGGCCGUCCAGCCAACAGGCCGGGGGGUGGAGCCAUGCGUAUCCACCGCCACUUCCCCUUCCCGGCCAAUCAGAUGUACGUGGUCGUGCUGCAUCGCGAGCUGAAGCCGAUGAGAGUUUACCGGCUAAACGUGAGCUUCGACGCCACCAUCGAGGACGAGCUGCUGGGCUUCUUCAGGAGCUCGUACACCCUGCAGAGAGAGAGACGCUACCUGGCGGUGACUCAGUUCAGUCCGAUCCACGCCCGGAAGGCCUUCCCCUGCUUCGACGAACCCGUCUACAAAGCCACGUUCUCCCUCACGCUCCGCCACGACCCGCAGUACACCUCCCUCUCCAACAUGCCCGUCGAGAGCAGCUCGCUGUCGGAGGAGGACGGCUGGGUGACCAAUCGCUUCUCCCGCACUCCCCGCAUGUCCACGUACUACCUGGCCUGGGCCGUCUGCAACUUCACCUACAGAGAGACGCAGACCGACAGCGGCGUGACGAUCCGCCUGUACGCUCGACCAGAUGCCAUUUCCAGUGGAGCAGGGGACUACGCACUCCACAUCACCAAGAGGCUUCUGGGAUUUUACCAGGACUACUUUAAAGUCCAGUACUCACUGCCCAAGCUAGACUUGUUGGCGGUGCCGAAACAUCCCUACGCCGCCAUGGAGAACUGGGGGCUGAGCGUCUUCGUGGAGCAGAAGAUCCUAUUGGACGCUGAGGUGUCGUCGUCGUCCUAUCAGAUGGAGCUGACCAUGGUGGUCGUCCACGAGAUCUGCCACCAGUGGUUUGGUGAUCUGGUGACUCCGGUCUGGUGGGAGGACGUCUGGUUAAAAGAAGGUUUCGCUCAUUUCUUCGAGUACGUCGGCACCGACUUCCUCUUCCCGAAGUGGAACAUGGAGAAGCAACGCUUCCUGACUGAUGUCCUCCAUGAGGUGAUGCUAUUGGACGGCCUGAAUUCCUCCCACCCGAUCUCACAGGAAGUGGAGCAGGCGACCGACAUUGACAGGGUUUUCGACUGGAUCGCCUACAAAAAAGGGGCAGCGCUGAUCCGGAUGCUGGCUAACGUGAUGGGACAGCCGCUGUUCCAGAAAGGACUCAACGAUUAUCUGCUGAGUCACAUGUACAGUAACGCUGCCCGAGACGACCUGUGGAGCAAACUGUCUCAGGCUAUGCGUUCAGAGGGGCGGGACAUCGACAUCGGACAGAUGAUGGACAGGUGGACUCUACAAAUGGGCUACCCCGUCAUCACCAUCAGCAAGAACCAAUCAGAGCAGCUCCCCACUCAUUACAUCACUGUUACCCAGGAGCACUUCCUUUACGGACAGGAAGUGAAGAACAACAACAGUUUACAGUGGCAGGUCCCAUUGACGGUGGCUGUGGGAAACGCAUCUGCUGUUUGUUCAGAGACUCUCAUCUGGAUCAACAACAAGACAGAAACUCACAGGAUCAGUCAGAUGGAUGACAACACCUGGUUGCUUGGCAACAUCAAUCAAACGGGCUACUUCCGUGUGAACUACGACCUCCAGAACUGGAAACUGUUAAUUCAGCAGCUUCACACCAACCCACAGAUUAUCUCAGUUGGAAACAGGGCAGGACUUAUUGAUGAUGCCUUCAACCUAGCCAGGGCGGGGUACCUCCCCCAGGGCAUUUCCUUGCAGCUGAUUGGCUAUCUGCCAGAGGAGACGUCCUUCCUGCCGUGGCACGCUGCCAGCCGAGCGCUUUACCAGCUGGACAAAUUGCUGGACCGCACAGAUGAAUACAGCCUGUUCAGUGACUAUGUGUUGAAGCAGGUUGCGUCACGGUACCAUCAGAUGGGUUGGCCAACGAAUGGCCCCGGCAACGAGGGCAACGUCCUGCAGGCGUCCUACCAGACUGAGGAGUUACAGCGGGAGCUCAUCAUGUUAGCUUGUAGCUUCGGGAACAAACAGUGCCACCGUCAGGCCGUCGCCUACAUCUCUGACUGGAUCUCCAGCAACAAGAACAGGAUUCCUCCCAACAUCAGAGACAUCGUUUACUGCACCGGGGUCAGUCUGAUGGACGAGGACGUGUGGGAGUUCAUCUGGAUGAAGUUUCACUCGUCCAACGCCGUCUCAGAGAAGAAGAUCCUGCUGGAGGCUCUGACCUGCUCGGACAACACCUUCCUGCUCAACAGGUUACUGAACCUGUCUCUGACCUCUGACCUGGUCCCGGAGCAGGACGUGAUCGACGUCAUCAUCCACGUCGGCAGGAACCCUCAGGGUCGAAACCUGGCCUGGAAAUACUUCAGAGAAAAGUGGGACGUCCUCAACGCGCGUUACGGUGAAGCGUUGUUCAUGAAUUCAAAAUUAAUCGGUGGAGUCACAGAGUUCCUGAACACUGAGAGAGAACUCAAUGAGUUAAAGGAGUUCAUCCAGUCCAGUGGCGUGGGGGCGGGGCCUGCGUUGCCGCGGGCGCUAGAGAUCGUUGAGGGCAACGUGCGCUGGCACCGCCUCCACCGGCGGCAGUUCUACCAGUGGCUGCGCAAACCUCCGAGCCCCUCCCAUGGCUAACGCUACGCACCUUACCGAGAGUAAAGUGACUGCAAACUGACUGCUAAGCUAACAAGCUUACAAACGCAGUCAGCUAGAAUGAAGAGAAAGACUGACUUGACUGGUUAUUUUCUCUACUGGUUCUGUUUUUAAAGAAAUUUGUUUUUAAUUUUUUUUUUUAUUUCAGAUGGAUUAUUUGUUUCUUCAACACGUGGCUGAUCUGGUUAAACUGGUUUCUGUGCUGUAAAAAAGUAAAGACAAGCUAGCAGUGACUGAGAUGAAUUAGUCAUUGCUAGCUAGCAGCUAGCCUCCAAACUCUCCAAUAACUAUAUCGCCCUGAAGACUGAUGACAGCCACAGAGAGACGAAUCUGAUGUCAGAUUAACAACAAGAACAAGAAUUUAUGAUUUAAAAUCGAACCAGAUGAUUUGACCAAAAACUUUUCAAUGAAACAUUUGUGAAAUGUUUCACAUUAAAAGCCUAAAAAUAACACAAAACUCUGCCUUUCCUCAAAAUGUUAUCAGCCAAUAUAUUCUUGAAAUUGGCAAAAUCCAAUAUUACAGCAGUAGCUAAUGGUUGCUUCUUGACUUCAAAAACAACAUUAUGUUUUCAAGAAUUAUGUAGGCUAUACUAUUAACUGUACACUUCAAAUAAACAACUUGACACAUGAUCAGUACGUACUUAAAUCCUUUUGAACUUGAAAGUUAAAAGGACAAUAUGUUUUAUGAUGUGACCUUAAGUCCGAUAUUUGUCAGGUUAAACACGUUAAACACUGUUUCAUCACCAAAAUGCCAAAGUUUUGAAUUUUGACAGCUUCUAAAGUCCAAUCUAAACAACAUGACAAGUCUGAAAAAGACCUUUGACUGUCUUGUUUGAAUAUAUUUUAAAUGGACCUGACAGAAGCUGGACCUGAGCCCACACAGACCAGGGAAUAUUCAGUGGAUAAUUUGUUGGGUUUUGAUCGGUUGACUAAAGAUGAAGUAUGCAUUAAUCAGAGCCUGGACCUUUCUGUUUUUGCUACAUUAAACCAGUUGACAGUAAAAAAAGGCAGAUUUCCCAGGAGUCAGCUGCAUGUCGAUCGUUGAACAGAGCUGCAAUUAACACUACACGGACUCUAUGUCCUCUGAUCACAGCAGUAAGAGGACUCAUUCACACUCAUUAACACUCCACAACUGCUUCAGCUUGAAUUUAAAGAGCAACUUUGUUGUUUCUUCUGGAUCAAAAUAUCAGCAAGUUUGAAAAGCUUUGCCGGAGCCUCGCUUCAAAAAAUCUACUUUGAAUAUAAAAGCUUCGAAAUUUUUUGCUCUAAGCCACAGAAAACGCCACAUGUGAAGGAAUAAUUUCCCGCUGAGGAGCAACGAUGCUGUGGUUUGUGUUUUGUGUUUGAACAAGUGGAGCUGG